AUGGGUAAAAUUGUUGACAAAAUUGAUGUGUUGGCCGGCAGGACAACCACCUCUGGAUUAAGAGGUAGAAAAUUACGUAUAGCCAUUACAAUUACUGCCACUAUUGGUUUCUCACUUUUCGGUUAUGAUCAAGGUCUUAUGUCUGGUUUGCUUAACGGUGACCAAUUCAAGUUGGAGUUCCCGCCUGCUAGGGAUAACUCCACUAUCCAAGGUGCCAUCACUGCUUGUUAUGAAUUGGGUUGUUUCUUUGGUGCUAUUUUUGCUUUGUUAAGAGGUGACUAUUUUGGUAGAAAACCACUUAUGCUUGCUGGUUCUCUUAUCAUUGUUAUUGGUACUGUUAUAUCAACUGCUGCAAUUAGACCAUACUGGCAAACUGGUCAAUUCGUCAUUGGUAGAGUUGUUACUGGUAUUGGUAAUGGUUUGAACACGGCAACUAUCCCCGUGUGGCAAUCGGAAAUGUCUAGAGCUGAAAACAGAGGUAAGUUGGUCAAUAUUGAAGGUGCUGUUGUUGCAGUGGGUACUAUGAUUGCUUAUUGGAUCGAUUUCGGUUUCUCAUACAUUAACAGCUCAGUUCAAUGGAGAUUCCCUACUGCUUUCCAAAUCGUGUUUGCUCUUUUGUUCUUCUUCGGCCUUACCAACUUGCCAGAAUCUCCCCGUUGGUUGAUUGCUCACCACCGUAGAGCUGAAGCUCAUGAAGUGUUGGGUUAUCUUAACGACUUGCCACCUGAUGAUGAUGCAGUUAUCGCUGAAGGUACCACCAUUAUUGAUGCCGUUAAUAGAUUUGCUGAUGCACAAACUGGGUUCAAGGAUUUGCUUACCGGUGGUAAGACGCAACAUUUCCAAAGAAUGUUGAUUGGUUCAUCAUCACAAUUUUUCCAACAAUUUACUGGUUGUAAUGCUGCCAUUUAUUACUCAACUAUUUUGUUUUACGAAACUAUUUUCAAUAAGAGUAAAUACAGAUUGUCGUUGAUUUUGGGUGGUGUUUUUGCCACAAUUUAUGCUUUGGCCACCAUUCCAUCAUUCUUUUUGAUUGAUACCGUUGGUAGAAGAAAAUUGUUUUUUGUUGGUGCCAUUGGUCAAGGAUGUUCAAUGAUUAUUUCAUUUGCAUGUUUGGUUAACCCAACUGAACAGAAUGCUAAAGGUGCUGCUGUUGGUAUCUACUUGUUUAUCGUGUUUUUCGCCUUCACAAUCUUGCCAUUGCCAUGGAUAUACCCACCAGAGAUUAAUCCAUUAAGAACUAGAACAACUGCAUCUGCUAUUUCUACUUGUACCAACUGGUUGUGUAAUUUUGCUGUUGUUAUGUUUACACCAAAAUUCAUCGAGACAUCAAACUGGGGUUGUUAUUUGUUCUUUGCUUGCUUUAACUUCCUUUUCGUGCCAGUCAUUUUCUUUUUCUACCCAGAAACCGCAGGUAGAUCAUUGGAAGAGAUUGACAUCAUCUUUGCCAAAGCACACGUGGAAGGAAGACAACCGUGGAGAGUUGCUGCCACCUUGCCCAAAUUAUCAUUACAAGAAAUUGAAGCUGAAGGUAACAGUUUGGGCUUGUACGACGAAGAUUUCGAAAAGGACAACUAUGAAACCAAGGAAAACAUUAGCGACUCCACUAGCAAUAAUGGAAAUGGUGCCGCUGGUGGAAUGUUUGAGAAGUCAGCUGAGGAAGACAAUACCGCUGCUGGUUCUGAGGAGGCUUCAAACAAGGUUUAG